GCCCUGCUGACAUUUAAGGUUAUGCAAUUUUGAAUUUUGUUGUUUGCGAAUUAACAAUUAAUAUCAGAUAAAUAUCCUUAUCUUUAAACAAAAUUAAUUAUCACGAUGAUGAUAUUAGCGUUAAUAAUGUGGAAACAUAGCCAAGUGAGUGCGAAGCCAGAUCGAUAAGAAAUCAAUAAAAAAUGGCUCAAAAACAAUGAAAACUGAAACGGUAGACGAGGAACAGCCCCCGGAAGAAAAUCAACGAAGAACAAUUUUUUAUGUAAGAAAGCCACUCAGCAGAGCGGCUAAAAAGAGACUAAAAUAUGUAGGAAUUUUUUUACUUGCGCUUAUCAUAUUGGGUUUUUUGUUGGUAUUUGUAGGCUUUCCACUGAUUUUUAUGAAUUCUAUUGCCCUACAGAGGAUUCUUAUAUUCACCAAUUGGAAUUUACCGAGCAAAAGCAGUUAUUUUGAAAAACACGAACUUUUAGCGGGUUUGAGAAAUUUUUACGUCUCGGUGCACGACUUGAACAGUGAAAAAAUAAUUUCGUUGGGUGUCUGGCAUUUAUUACCUUACAUAUACGAAGAAGAAAUAAUAACAGAACCCCAGUUUGAUUUCGAGUCUGCCCUAAAAUCCAACUUUCGAAAUGUUUUACUUUAUUUUCAUGGUACGGGAGAAGAUAGAUCGUCGUCGUUUGGAAAAUACAAAAAAUUUCGUGAAGCCUUCCAUGUGAUAACAUUUGAUUACAGAAGCUACGCUGACUCAGCCAAAGCCGAAUUAUCGGAAGAUGCUGUUGUGAAUGACUGUCUCCAGCUAUACGAGUGGCUUUUGACGAAAACCAACGCCUCGAUAUUUUUUUGGGGCCACUCUUUGGGCACAGCUUUGGCGACUAGGACCGCCGCGAUCAUCCGAUCAAAAAACAUCACUCAGCCAAUCGGUUUGGUCCUUGAAGCCCCCUUUACGAAGAUGAGCGAGGAGUUGUAUGUACACCCUUACGGUAAAAUUUUCGCCUGGUUGCCAUAUUUCAAAGCAACCGUGAUUGAACCGUUGCAAAAGAAUGGUUUUAUUUUUGACACGAGUAAACAUAUUUUAAGUGUGAACGUUCCAAUUAUGAUCCUCAGUGCUGAAGACGAUAAUGUUGUUCCUUACACUUUUGGAAGAGAGUUGUAUGAAAUUGCGAAAAAUAAUAGGACGGGUGUGAAAACCACAUUUUAUUACCAGUUUGCUUAUAAUCUAGGCUAUAAUCACAAUUUCAUGUACCAAAAUUAUUUUUUUCCGUAUUUUAUCAAUUAUUUUCACUAUAUUUGUGUGACUCUAAGUACAAAUACGACGGAUCCAUUUCUUGCGAAAAAUAGACACAAUACGAUGGGCAAGUCGAAAAAAUGCCUCAAAGGGACUUGUAUUUAUCUAUUUGCUCUCUUGCUCCUUUUGUUUCUCCUAGUUUUUGUGAUAAUUCCGGUUGUGUUCAUGUUGAGUGUAGAAAUUCAACGAAACAUCAUUUUUCCAGUUUGGUCAACCGAGAAUGCCAAUUUUUCCGAUAUUGAGAGUUUCCAUUUAAAAGGAGUGAGAAAUUUUUAUGUAACUGUUGAUGAUAAAGAAAAUGUGACAUUAGGAGCGUGGCAAAUCCUGCCGAGCAAAUUGUUGAGCAAUGUUGUUGAUAAUCACUACUACAACUACGAGGACAUUUUAGCCAAUAAGAAUUACAGUAUUUUGUUGUAUUUGCACGGAAAUGGCGGCGUACGAUCGGUUCCAUUAGAACUGUACGCGAUUUUGAGGAAGUAUUUUCAAGUCAUUGCGAUUGAUUAUCGAGGUUACGGCGACUCGACAAAAGCCGAAUUGACAGAGGAAAACAUCGUCCGCGACAUCGUCAAUUUCUACAUAUGGCUUCGGGGAAAAACUCAGGCUCGAAUUUUCUUCUGGGGCCACUCUCUCGGCACCGGCGUCAGCACUCACACUAUAUCAAACCUAAAAGUACAAAAUCACGUUCCCUCGGGGCUCGUUCUCGAGACACCGUUUUCGUCAGUACCUGACGUCAUGGAGGAACAUUUUUUUGUUAAAUUUCUAUCAUGGCUGCCUUGGUACAGGCAAACCAUGUUAGAUCCGGUUGUGAAAAACGGAUUCGGAUUCGAAUCUACGAAAUAUGUCGUAGAUGUCGAUUGCCCAAUCAUGAUCCUGCAUGCCAAAGAUGAUACAAUUGUCAGUUACCAGUCAGCGACUAAACUUUAUGAAACUGCCGUAAAAAAUAGAAAUUUUACAACACAGGGAAAUGUCACUUUCCAUUUGUUUGAUGAGUCAAGGGGCUACGAUCACAUGUUAAUUUAUUUGGCCCCGGAAUUACCGACUUAUAUAAGUGAAUUUAUUGAUGAGUGUAUCAAGUUUGAACAAACGUUAAACCAGACCCAAGUGUGAUACAAUUGGAGAUUAUUUCACAUUAAACCCUUUUUAAAUGAA